ACCGGCCACACUCCGCCGGGGAGCCUGGCGCGGCGCGGGGACUACAUCUCCCAGCAUGCCGCGGCGCCGGCCGAGCGAGGCGAGGCGCGGUGAGUCAGAGCCGCACAGUAAAUAUUUGUAUUAGCCGGAGCCGGCUCGCUAAUGGUGGACGCGUGAGGCGGAGGCGCGGGCGGCGGAGGGAGGCCGGAGCGGGCAGCGCGGCGGCGCCAUGUCCGUGAACAUGGACGAGCUCAAGCACCAGGUCAUGAUCAACCAGUUCGUGCUGACUGCGGGCUGCGCGGCCGACCAGGCGAAGCAGCUGCUGCAGGCGGCCCACUGGCAGUUCGAGACAGCCCUCAGCGCCUUUUUCCAGGAGACCAACAUCCCCUACAGCCACCACCACCACCAGAUGAUGUGCACUCCUGCCAACACCCCUGCCACACCCCCCAACUUCCCCGACGCUCUCACCAUGUUCUCCCGUCUCAAGGCCUCCGAGAGUUUCCACAGCGGUGGCAGCGGCAGCCCAAUGGCUGCGACAGCCACGUCGCCCCCACCGCACUUCCCCCAUGCCGCCACGGGUAGCUUCUCGGCCCCCAGCUGGCCCACGGCCGCCUCGCCCCCGGGGGGCCCACAGCACCACCAGCCACAGCCACCCCUGUGGACUCCGGCACCCCCUUCUCCGGCUUCAGACUGGCCACCCCUGGCCCCCCAACAGGCCACCUCGGAACCCAGGGCCCACCCUGCCAUGGAGGCAGAGAGAUAAGGGAGGCCCCUCCCCCCUCCCGGAGCCCAGGACCCCGUGGGGCGGGGGAGAGGACGUCUCCGCGGGCCCCCUUCACCCCUUUUAUGUCUGCACCCCUUGGUCCCUGGAGCCCUGGAGGGGAAAGCACGGACUCUAGCCAGGCAGGGACAUGUCUGGUGCCAGAACACGCAGCUGCCCACACGCAAGGUCAUGGCCGGCACAUGGAGUGGUUCAGAGCAGCCUGGGUGCCUGGCGGUCAGAACUUCAGAGACCACACGGCCUUCCUUCGAAGACGAACCUGCCCCACCUGGCCCAGGGGUACCGAAGAGGACCACCCUGGCGGAGACAUCACUGAUCCCUGGCUUGGAGCUCCUUGGGGGCCGGCAGGCCUCGACCCCCACCCUAGGGAAUGCAGAGCCUCUCCGCAUGUGUGCGCGUGGCCGUGUCUGUGUAUUUCUACGUGUCGCUCUUCAGAAGCAACUUAGUUCCCGGGGCAGCUGGACUUUGCAUGUUAGAGUGAGCCCCCAGCCCUCUGCCCACCGCCCCCUCCCCAGGGCCCUGCCUCCUGCCCCACCCCUUCAUCAGCCAGCGUUGCUGUUCCUUGCAGAGAAAAGGAUUGUGGGAAACUCCAGGACUCUUCCCACUGCCUCCCAGCGCCUGCCUGCUGGGGCCGCCUGCAUGCCUCCCCCUGGGCCUGGGGGUACCCGCAUCCACUUCCUUUCCCGCUUUUAACAAAAGAGAAGAACGAAUUCCAAACCAC